UCCUCGUUUCCUCCGAUGAUCGAAACCGCCUCCGCCGCCGCCGCAGCGUCGGCCAGAAUGCUGCUCGGAUCCGAAGAUGAAUUGCGCGGCGACGCCACAAAAAUCACCAUCCCUCCUUCCUCCGCCGCCGACGACGACGACAAGGAAAUCGAAUCCAAACCCCUCAUUUCCAGAUCGCUAAGCUACACAUACGCCCCCCCUUCCGCCGCCCUAACCGCCAAACCGAAUCUGAAUCAGAAGCAGAGACGGCGGCGCGUGGCCAGCGAUACCUCAUCCAUUUUCACCCCGUCCGCCGCCCGCCGCCAGCCGUUCCGGCAGAUGGGCAGAGCUGCCUCCGACACCUAUCUGAUCACUCGCCUCAGCUUCAAGCUGUUGGGAUAUUUGGGGGUAGGCUACAGAUGGAUCCUCAGAUUUCUAGCCCUAGGUUGUUAUGCAGUUCUUCUUUUCCCUGGUUUUAUCCAAGUGGGAUACUACUACUUCUUCUCGAGUCAAAUACGUAGAGGUGUAAUUUACGGAGACCAGCCGAGAAAUAGGCUCGAUCUCUAUUUACCGAAAAAUAGAAACGGACCGAAACCAGUUGUUGCGUUUGUAACAGGUGGAGCGUGGAUUAUCGGCUAUAAAGCAUGGGGUUCUCUUUUAGGACAACAACUAUCAGAAAGAGAUAUUAUAGUGGCUUGCAUAGAUUACAGGAAUUUUCCUCAAGGAACUAUCGGUGAUAUGGUGAAAGAUGCUUCUCAAGGUAUUUCGUUCGUGUGCAAUAUCAUCGCUGAAUACGGAGGCGACCCGAACAACGUGUAUCUUAUGGGGCAGUCAGCUGGUGCACAUAUUGCUUCUUGUGCUUUAUUAGAGCAAGCAAUUAAAGAGGCUCGGGGCGAGAAAACUUCGUGGAGUGUGUCUCGAAUAAAAGCCUAUUUUGGUUUAUCUGGAGGGUACAAUCUUUUCAACCUGGUAGACCAUUUCCACAGUCGAGGUUUAUACCGCUCGAUAUUUUUAAGCAUAAUGGAGGGGGAAGAAUCUUUACGUAGAUACUCUCCCGAAGUGAUGGUGCGGGACCCAAACAAUAAGGGUGCAGUUUCUCUCUUGCCUCGUACGGUUCUUUUCCAUGGAACUGCUGAUUAUUCUAUCCCCUCCGAUUCCAGUAAAAAUUUCGCGGAGGUUCUUCAAAGCAUGGGAGUUGAAGCGGAAUCAGUUCUUUACGAAGGGAAAACGCACACGGAUCUGUUUCUUCAGGAUCCUAUGAGAGGAGGAAGAGAUGAUUUGUUUGAAGAUUUGGUAGGGAUGAUUCAUGCAGGCGACUCGGAAGCCGCGGCGAAAGAUGCUAAGGCCACACCAAGAAAACGGCUAGUGCCAGAGCUCAUGUUGCGCUUGGCCCGUAUUGUUAGCCCUUUCUGAUCAAUUUAUUGCUCUAAUUAGAUCACUAAUUAAUUCUUUUGUGUGUUUAUUUCUUCUGUGAGGGGCUAACCUAUUCUUUUGUGCAUGUGGCUAAAGUAUAUGUAAUACUGGAGAUAGUAAUUAGCAUCAAAUGAAAGAUUUGAUCAGAAAGUUACAGAAACAGUAAUGGAGUUGUGACUUGUAAACUACAAUGAUUUAGUUAUGUUUGAUGAAUUAAAGUAACACCCAAAAUAUAACUAUUUUUUUUUACCAAAUAUGCAAUACAAGUUUAGUUCAGUUGC